AGUAGUGGAACGAGGCCAGUUUCCGGUCUCUGUAAACUUCGGCGAAGAAAUCGUGAACCGAGAUAGCACUCUCUAUAUAUAAUCCCUGGUUCUAAAGGUAGCUAGAAAUUUAAAAGGCGCGAAACCAAACUAGAAUCUUGUGGGAAAGAGACGAGAGAAAUCUAGAACAAGAAGAAGAAGAAGAAGGUUGAGAGAUGGGAGGGUGUUUUUCCGACGUGAAAGGUGGCAAGCAGGCCGUGGGAGGGGCCCAUCAUCAAGAGAGGCCCAUCAACAGGGACGCUGACUCAAACGACGCCGUUGAGCUCUUUAACCGCUCCCGAGGCGUUUUUCCACUGCACACUUCGCUCGAGUUAUCGCUGUCAGCAACUAACUUGCUUGAUCGUGACAUUAUGUCAAAGAGUGAUCCCAUGGUUGUGGUUUAUGUGAAGAAAGGACAUGGUAAGCUGGAGGAACUAGGGAGAACUGAAGUAAUACUGAAUAGUUUGAAUCCAGUGUGGAUUGAGAAAAUUACAGUUUCAUAUCAGUUUGAGGUUGUGCAGCCAUUGAUAUUCCACAUCUAUGAUGUCGAUACAAAAUAUCACAAUGUAAAUGUAAAGACGCUGAAGUUGGAGGAUCAAGAAUUUCUUGGGGAAGGCAGUUGCGUUCUUUCAGAGAUAGUGACCAAACAAAGUCGAAGGUUAACCUUGAAUCUGCAUAACAGAAGUGGGCGGAGAGGUUUGAGAAAUUUCGGAACACUCACUGUCCAUGCUGAAGAAACUAUGGCUUCGAAGAGUGUUGUUGAGAUAAAAUUCCAUUGUUCCCAAUUGGAAAACAAAGACCUCUUCUCUAAAAGUGAUCCUUUCUUAAGAGUAUCUAGAAUUGUUGAGAGUGGAGGUUCUGUUCCAAUCUGCAAGACUGAAGUGGUGGAUAACAAUUUAAAUCCAAUUUGGAAACCACUAUCCCUGAGUAUGCAGCAGUUUGGAAGCAAGGAUAAUCCAUUAGUCAUUGAGUGCUUUGAUUUCAACAGCAAUGGCAAUCAUGUUCUUAUUGGGAAACUUCAAAAAUCGGUGGCAGACCUGGAGAGAUUAUACAAAGAAAGAAGUGGGGUGAAUUUCGUCGUUCCAUCUUCUCAUGGUCAUGAAAAGGUUUCAAAGGGUCAGUUGUUUGUGGAUCAAUUUAAUGAGAAGCAACAGUUCAGCUUUCUCGAUUAUAUUUCCAGUGGAUUUGAGCUUAACUUCAUGGUUGCUGUUGACUUUACGGCUUCAAAUGGAAACCCUCAACAACAUGAUUCGUUGCACUACAUUGAUCCGUAUGGCCGGUUGAAUUCUUACCAGCAGGCAAUAAUGGAAGUUGGGGAAGUCAUUCAGUUUUAUGAUGCUGAUAAACGCUUUCCUGCUUGGGGCUUUGGAGGAAGGACAGCUGGAGGACCUGUAUCGCACUGUUUUAACUUGGAUGGAACUGCAACUGGCUUUGAGGUUGAAGGAGUUCAAGGCAUAAUGACUGCUUAUGCCAGUGCCCUACACAAUGUUUCUUUAUCAGGACCCACUUUGUUUGGCCCAGUGGUUAAUAGGGCUGCAGAGAUUGCUGGCAAUUCUCUUUUCCACAACAACAAUAAGUACUAUGUGUUGCUGAUCAUAACGGAUGGGAUACUUACAGACCUGCAGGAAACAACAGAUGCUUUGGUGAGGGCAUCUGAUCUUCCCCUCUCAAUUCUAGUAGUUGGAGUAGGAAGUGCGGAUUUCAAACAAAUGGAGAUUCUCGAUGCUGACAAUGGACAGCGAUUAUCAAGUUCAACAGGCCGUGUGGCUACCAGAGACAUCGUACAAUUUGUUCCUAUGAGAGAAGUGCAGAGUGGGCGCAUUUCAGCAGUUCAAUCGCUUCUCGAAGAGCUGCCUGGACAGUUCUUGAGUUACAUGCGCUGCAGAGACAUCAUGCCUCUCACUGACCGUGCAGCCCAAUCAUCUGCUCCACAACUUUAGAAUUGCACAAGCACAGCCUCGUAAAGUUCGUUGAAAUAUGCAAUCGAUAUUAAGCGCUGAUUACUUGGCAUAGGGAGACAACAAGGGCAGGAAUUCAGCAAUUAAAUGCUGAUUACUUGGCAUUUUUCCCUCCCUCCCUCCGCACACGGCCAGGCACAUUUUCUCUGAUCUACCUCUUCUUCCUCAUCUUUUUCAUCGUUUUCUUCUACUACUUGCUUUAUUUCUCCAAGAAUCCAAACCCCCCAACAUUUCAGAACCCAAAUCCCAACUAAUUUUCCAACCACCAAAAACUGUCGUUUCUCCACUAAACCAUCCUUUGCUUCUCUCCAGCUUCCAUUUUAACCAAACCUCCCCAAUUUUCCAAUCUCCAAUCCCAACCCGACUUGAUGGAGAACGUACUCGACCAAAGAAUCCCCUCUGCGAGAAUUGAUCCGAUCCAACCAACAUGGGGAGACUAAAAUGCUUUGGUCCUCUCAGAUUGGUUGAUGCUUAGCUUGGUAAUUAAGACAAGUAGCUGCAGGAAAAGAAGCAAAAGUAGCAGAGCCUAAGAAACCCAAAGAUAUUAAAAUCGAAUUUGACGAAGACGAAGAUAGAGAGCAAAAACUUGUGCUUCAGAAAAUGGUGUUUGUCGUAGAAGAGUGGGUAGCAAAACGGCCUCCAUCGUAGAAGAAAAUAGUUGUUUAGUGAAAAAAAUAAAAUAAUAAUUUAUUUAAAACAUAGAGAGACGAAAAUAUAAUUACACGCAUUUUUAUACGCGUAAUUGCAAUU